CCGCCUAUGACUGAAGAGGGCAGAAGUUGACAUGACAGCCAUAAUCUGCCUUGAAACAUUUUCAGAAGAAGACGGAGACAAAUCGUGUGCUUCUAAAUCUGAAACGCCGAUUAAAUAUCUCAACCGUACGUUAUCAUAAUGCUUCCUUUGUCCCUGCUGAAAACUGCCCAGAACCAUCCAAUGCUGGUGGAGCUAAAAAAUGGCGAGACGUACAAUGGCCACCUGGUCAGCUGUGACAACUGGAUGAACAUCAAUUUGAGAGAAGUUAUUUGCACCUCUCGGGAUGGUGACAAGUUCUGGCGGAUGCCCGAGUGCUACAUCCGAGGGAGCACCAUUAAGUAUCUGCGAAUCCCGGACGAGAUCAUCGACAUGGUGAAGGAAGAGGUGGUGUCGAAGGGUCGCGGGCGGGGUGGCGCCCAGCAUAACAAACAGCAGGCCAAAGGAAGAGGAGGAGUGGGCCGAGGUGUGUUUGGCGGUCGAGGCAGAGGAAUGAGCGGUCCCGGAAGGGGUCAGCAGCAGCCGGAUAAGAAAGCAGGCAAACCACAGGGCAUGAAGAACCAGCACUGACGUGUUGAAUCAGCCACACACACACACACACAAGAGCCACUUCCUCAGCACUCAGACAUUGAAGGAACAGUCAAAUAGUCAGGAUGAAACAUGAUGCCCUGGAUCUUUUUUUUUUUUCCUUUUACUGCCAGGAAGAUGGCAUUUACGUUUUAGUCACAGUAGUUUGCAGUGACCUGGCAAGUUCAUUUAGAUGUUGUGGCAACAGGUUUAGUUUCUUUAUAUUCAUAAAAUGUCAGUCAUGUGGUUCACUGAAAUAAGCUUUUGGGUUCCUGUUGGUUGGUUUACAAUUGUCUCUUUGAAUAGAGUUUUACCAGAGUUGCAACUUGAGUUGCAUAAAUGUCCUUUUUUUUCCCCCUAUGACUGGUCUUUACUUUUUUUAUACUCUGACAUUCUGUGGUUUUUCCAGCCCUUUAUUUGACCUGCUGUGUCAUGUUAUCGGUAGAUCGCAGCAGGUGAAGCAGCAAACUGACUGCCCCAAUUGUGAACAUUUUUGUUCAGGUAUUUGAUGAAGAUUUGUGACUGAAAAAAAAAAAAAAAAAUCCAAGAUUCUCCUUCUGUUAAUUCCAUAUUGUGUUGUGAUGCUUGUUUUUUCUUUUGCCAUCAUAAAAGAGUGGUAAUUUAUGUACAUGAAAACAAGUUUUUUUUUAAUGUUGCAUUGACUUAAUCUUUUUAAUUUGACAGAUUAACAGAGUAAUCUGCACCAGCACUAUUUUGUCUGGAGCCUGACCUUUGUCCACCGUACCUACUGGAAGUGAAACUUUGUAUGUCGUGUGGGGUGUGCCUGUGAAACAAAAUGUGUGAGGCAAGAACUCAAUCAUGCCCCUUCACUCCAAAGGUCUUUCAAGUCAUUCUUCCACACCAAACAUCAUAUUUACCAUAAUGUUCGGGACCUUGAUUGAUGCCCAGGGCCACAACCAUGCUUGAACAGAAUUGUAUUCCUUAAACGUUUUCCAUCAACUAGGAAACCUAAAAUGUCUUGGUAAACGAAGAACUAAAAUGCAGGAUAAACUAGGGAACCUUUUAUACAGUAGAGGUUCGUUUGCCUGUGUUCAGUAGCCACUUAUUGUGUAAAUGUGACCAUAAACACCAAGUGCACUCUUAAUAGCACUAGCAACGGUUACACAGUGUCGGCCGACUGUGGACUGACACUACUUGGCGUAGACUCCAGCAUCCUGUGGCCCUUUAAAUAAGUAGUGUGGACAAUAGAUUGAUGGGUGAGCUAAAACUAAGGUGUGAAGUACAAUAAAAUUUAAUACGUGAUGUUUGAAAUGCUUCUAUAACAUACAGUACUUGCGUAUGCCUUCCCUGUCUCUUACAGUUUUGCAAAUACAAUUCAUCCUACAGGCAACUGAUUAUAUUAUUUCUCUGCAUAGAUUGUUAUACUGUAUUGUGAAAUACAAUAAAAUAAACAUUUUACAUAUACCACUA